AUGGCUCCCAAAAUUGCUAUCAUUUACUACUCUACAUAUGGUCACAUCCGUUCCCUCGCUCUCGAGGUCCAGAAGGGUGUCGAAGCUGCUGGCGGCAAGGCUGAUCUUUUCCAAGUUCCUGAGACUUUGACUCCUGAGAUUCUUGCCCUUCUCCAUGCUCCUCCUAAGUCUGAAGACCCAAUUGCUACUACUGAGACUUUGGAGCAAUACGAUGCCUUUUUGUUUGGUAUUCCAACCCGUUUCGGUAACUUCCCUGCUCAAUGGAAGGCAUUCUGGGAUUCCACUGGUGGUCUCUGGGCUUCCGGAGCUCUUUACGGUAAAUACGCUGGUGUCUUUGUCUCCACUGGUACCCCUGGUGGUGGCCAAGAGGUCACUGUUCUUAACUCGAUCUCUGUCUUGACUCAUCACGGUAUCAUCUAUGUUCCCUUGGGCUACAAGAAUACAUUCGGCCAACUUACAAACUUGUCAGAACCCCACGGUGGCUCUCCCUGGGGUGCUGGCUCCUUUGCUGGACCUGAUGGUUCUCGCCAACCUUCUGCUCUUGAAAAGGAGGUUGCUCAGAUUCAGGGCAAAGUCUUUUACGAGACCGUUUCCAAGGCUCUUUAG